UCGUGCAAUCAACGGGAACUAUCAGUGUUUGAUGCUUGUUGCACGCGGACAAAAUGAAAUGUCGUACCAUGGAUCCUAGUGUGGGAAACAACGUGAAGGCCGUCAGGAGAAGUAAAGAGGAUAAGAAAGUUCUUCGAAAACAGAUAAAAGCCAGUCACACUUUACUGAAACAUGAAGGUAUCAGUACAGCAUCGCAGCCUACCAAGAGUUUGGUGGUGGCUAACGGCGGCCUGGGGAACGGCGUUAGUCGAGAGGAGCUGUCUGCAGUGCUGAAAGAGAUGGGAGAGCUGGAGACGCUGAUCAUGCACCCCCACAAGCCCUAUGCUUUUGUCACGUACAGAUCUGAAGAGAGUGCUCGGAAAGCCCACAUCCACCUCAAUGGCCAAAAGCUACAAUGCGGAGAGAGCAGUGUCACACUCUACCUCAGUUAUGUCGACUCAGUAACCUGUGAAGAGGAGGCGUCUGUUCCUCUGCCAGAGGGAUUAGUCUUGGUGGAGGAUUUUGUGUCUCCAGAGGAAGAGGCUCUGUUGCUUGCUGCUAUAGACUGGUCGUCUACUAAUGAUGACAUCACUGCGCCAAAAGCUCUGAAGCAUAGAAGGGUCAAACAUUAUGGCUUUGAAUUUCGCUACGACAACAACAACGUGGAUAAGGACAAGCCGUUACCUGCAGGUAUUCCUCAGGAGUGUCUACCUGUUCUGGAGCGGUGUGUGAAGAACGAACACAUCGACAUCAUGCCAGACCAGCUGACUGUCAACCAGUAUGAGUGUGGACAGGGUAUUCCUCCUCACGUGGACACUCACUCUGCCUUUGAGGACACCAUCAUGUCACUGAGCCUGGGGGCACAGACGGUGAUGGAGUUCCGUCACCCUGAUGGUCGUCUUGUUGCCGUGGUGUUGCCAGGACGGAGCCUCCUGGUGAUGAAGGGAGAGAGCCGAUACCUCUGGACACAUGGGAUUACUCCUCGGAAGUUUGACAUGGUGCCAGCCUGCGACCCACAAUCCCCUGCUCAUACAACGCCUGACCUCAGGACCCGCGGCAAUCUCACUUUGAGCAAGAGGGGCACCCGCACUUCUUUCACUUUCCGCAAGAUCAGACGUGAACCCUGCCGGUGUGCCUUCCCCUCUGCCUGUGACAGUCAGGGAGCUCCCUCAGCACCCUUGAACUCACCGCCAUCUCCCCCGUCGCUUCCCUGUUGCCAUGACGACGCAGCCCGUCUGGAGAAGGAGUAUGUGCACCGGGUGUACAACGCCAUCGCCUCCCACUUCAGCAGCACUCGACACUCCCCAUGGCCUCGCGUUUGCCACUUCCUGUGCUCGCUCCCACCUGGCAGCGUGCUGGCUGAUGUGGGCUGUGGAAAUGGGAAAUACCUGGGUGUCAACCCAGAAGUGAUUACAGUUGGUUGUGAUCGUAGCAGUGCUCUUGUCCAAAUCUGUGGACAGCGGGGUUUCCAGGCGUUCGUAUCUGAUGCUCUCACUGUUCCUCUGCGGACAGCCUCCUGUGAUGCCUGCAUCUCUAUAGCUGUCAUACACCACUUUUCCACACAGGAGCGUCGGCUGGCAGCAGUGGGGGAGCUGGUGAGACUUCUGAAGCCUGGAGGUCGAGCGCUCAUCUACGUUUGGGCUUUUGAACAAGAGUACAACAAGCAGAAGUCCAAGUACCUCAAAGACCAGAACAAAGAGCACCCUGAGAACCACGGCCCCACUAAAAACACAUCAGAAGACAGCCAGGAACCUCAUGGGAAAUCGAGUAUCCACACCAGCAGACAUUUAGAAGACAACUACACGCCUGUAGACAACCUACAAGAUGUUAGCACAGUGACUGAUGGCAAACUUAGUGUGCACACUAACCGCACAGCCUUCAACACCCAAGACCUUUUGGUUCCCUGGCAUCUAAAAGAGGGGAAAAGACGAGGCGAGGAAGAAUCAGGAGACGGUGGGAAGAAGGGUAAAAGGAAAGAGAAGUCCAAAAAGACUUCAGGUAACUCCAUAACCAAAUUAGACUGUAACCCUGAGCCCUGUCCAGGUUUUGACUCCAACACAUCUUCUGGAUCAGGUCUUGACACCAGUGAUGCCACACACAGCCCACACCCUAAACCCAGUCCGAGUGGCGACACCACUCAGACCUCCAGUUCCACUCUAAAGUCAGAGUCCGAGAGCAGCCCAGCGCCCGUUUUUCACCGCUAUUAUCACGUGUUCCAGCAGGGGGAGCUGGAGCAGCUGUGUGGUCAGGUGGCAGGAGUCAAAGUGCAGAGCAGCUACCAUGACCAGGGAAACUGGUGUGUUAUAUUAGAGAAGGACUUAGCGAGAUGAACUGACACACUCAUAAUUUAUAAUAAUUUAGCUACAAAUACAUAUUCGAACAAGAGAGUUCAUGCAAUGUAAAGACUAAAUUAAAGGAUCCUUUUAUUUGUUUAAAUGCAGAAGAGAAAAGUGAACAGACUAAGUGCCAUGAAAUAAAUGCAAAGAUUUUACAAAAUGCCUGCCUUUGUUGUGCUCUUACUUGCAUAAUUUCUUGCCAUUGGAUCAAGGUGACAUAUUACAGGGUAUACAUGAUAUAUUUAGGUUUAAAAGCCACCUAAGGUCAAAUAUUAGAUCUGGAUAACUAUUUUGGUGUAUUGAUUGGGAAAACUAAAUGCAGCUAACUGAAACAAACCUGGAGGUAGUUUGAGGAGGAUGUUGGUUAUAAGCAACAUUCUCCACAGUGCAUAGACUGUACAGUAGAUCACCAACAAUAAUCUUUACCUCACUACUUUGCUUCGUCCCCUGUCUUUGACCUCGGUGUCUUGGUCUGAAUUAACUGAGCUGUAACUAAGCUGUUAACAGUGUGCCCGACCUUUUCAAGUUAAAGGGCCGAGAGGUAACGUGGCGUUGGGGGAUUUGUUCACAUUAGAGAUGCAGAAUGUUUUUUUGUUUUUUUCUCUUGAAAAAAAAAAAUGUGACUGUGGCAGAGCUAGCACCUCCAUGGUGAAAGAUUAUUGUCCAAGCCAUGUACUUGUAUGUUGAUUAAUAAAGUUAAUGUGCAGUACCUCA